UCAUUGUUCAUUAGCAUAAUCAAGAUGGCGACCGCUGUAGAUAGCGUUUGCCACAAUGACCCCAACUUUGCUGUGAUUUGCUCGUUUCUGGACAAGCACAGCGAUGCUUUGGGGUUGCCAGAAAUUUCUUUUACAGAUCUUCAAAUUUUUAUCGAAGAUAACAAAACUGUCGAUAAAGUACUAACUGAUCUACAUAUAUUCCUGCUGAGAAGAAUUGGCAAGACAAGUGUGACUGCUGAGAGAAUAGAGAGGCAACUCGUGAAGUUUUGCCACAACUUCUCUGAUGUCGAUGCAUGGGAAAUAGAGAGAAUUGGUUACCGAUUGGCCAAAGUUUCUACAAAACUGAGGAUUUUAAAGAAUCUGCUGGAGUGCCAGUUUGAUUAUAACACCAAAUUCAAAGAAAAGGUCAAUGAGCGGAAAGCUGAGGAGAUGCGUUUCCAGCCAGUGGGGCGGGACAAGAACGGCCUGGCCUACUGGUACCUUCUGGAUCAGGACCAGAACCUCCUGGUGUACCGAGAGGAACAGGAUGAUGCUGACAGUGAGACAUGGCAGCUGGUCUGCUGCAACCGGGAUGACUUGGCCAAGUUGAUAUCAAAGCUCAAGGAUGAAGGGGAUUUAAAGUUUGAUGAUAUUAGUUCAUCUUCUACAAAGAGCAGCAAAGAAGGAAGUCCUGAGGCAGUAAUUAAGGAAGAGCUCAAACAGGAAGAUGAGGAUGGGUCAGAGGUCAAGGUGAAAUUGGAGAAGAGUGAGAUCAAGGUCGAAGAUGUCCAGAUCAAACAUGAAGUGAAAGAAGAGCCAGAAAACCAAGAAGAAUCUGCAAAGGGAAGCAAAGCUGUUAAAGAAGAACAAGAGGUGUCACAAUCUAAAAAGGAGUCGGUGUCAAGCAAAGAAGAUGAUGUGAUUAAAAGCUCUGAAAAUGCUAAGAAAGAACAAAAAGGUGAUGAUUCCAAAACGAAAGAUCCUGAGGAAUCAGAGAAGAAAGAGAGUGAGAAAAAGAUAGAAAAGGAGCAGGAAGGAAAGAAAGAUGAAAAAUCUGAAAAGGUGAGUGAAGAGAAAGCCCAGGAGAAACAUGGACCAGACAGACCAGAGUGCAAGGUAGAUGACACAGGAGGAACAGGAUCAUCAGCUUCUCCAGAGUCAAAGAAGGAUGAGAAUGAAGGAAAGGAGUCUAAAGAGAAACCAGAAGAGAAGAAAACCCCUUCAGAUAAACAUGACAAACAUUCUGUAAAUAAGAGUGAGAAAACAGAGACAGAUAAAUCUGAUGUCAGAUCAGAAAAAAAGGAAACAAAACCAACGAAAGACCAAGAAGACAAGUCUGAAGAAAAGUCCAGCAGUGUUGAGGUGGGUGAAGAAAAGGGUAUACCUACUGAUGUACAGUCCAAGAAAGAUGAUAAAAAAUCUUCAAGUGAAAAACACAUUGAAGCCAAUACAGUUGAGAAAAACAUCUCAGAAGCUUCUAAAAAGAUGGUUACAUCCAAUGAGAAGGGUAAACAUAAGGUUUAUAAUGUUGACAAAGAUUCAUCAAAGGAAAAAUCUGAGAGCAAUAGUUCACAAAAGAAAUCAGAAGAGUUGACAGAAAAGAAGAAUUCUGAAAAUGACUGUGAUCAAAAAUCCAAGAAAUCAGAUAAUCUGGUGGAAACCGUAAACGAUGAUAGUAAAUCACAAGAAACUGUCGGAAAAAAGGAUGCAAAGAAAGACACUAUUGAUGAGAGUAAAGCAAAUAAAGAUUCAGGUUCAAAGUCAAAGGAUUCUAGUUCUUCGAAUGUUGAUUGUGAAACGAAGUGUAUAGGACAAAAAGAAAAGUCAGCUAGUGCCUCUAAACCUGAUUCUAAAGUAGAAAAAGAGGAUACAACCAAAGUAUCCCUCAAGGGAACAACAGUGGAAAUAAUAGAAAGUAGGGGGAAGAAAGAUGAAAAAAGAAAAGAAGAGGAGGAAACUGAAGAAAAGAAAGUGAAGAAAGAUGAAACAAAAGAUAAGAAAGACGAAACGAAAAAUAAGAAAGAGGAAACAAAAGAUAAGAAAGAUGAAACAAAACAUAAGAAAGAUGAAACAAAAGAUAAGAAAGAUGAAACAAAAGAUAAGAAAGAUGAAACAAAACAUAAGAAAGAUGAAACAAAAGAUAAGAAAGAGGAAACAAAAGAUAAGAAAGAUGAAACAAAACAUAAGAAAGAUGAAACAAAAGAUAAGAAAGAUGAAACAAAAGAUAAGAAAGAUGAAACAAAAGAUAAGAAAGAAAAAACAAAUGGAAAGAAAGACAAAAUCAGAGGGGAUAAAGAGGAAACAAAAGGAAAGAAGGAACAAGCGAAAGAGAAGUUAGAAGAUGCAAAAGAUAAGCAAACAAAAGAGGAAGAAGAUUCUUCAGGUAAACAUAAAGAUAUAGCCAGCUCAGGAGAAGCGGAAGAAGAGACAGAACCUGUCGAAAGAAAACUACAGACUGACAAUGAAAAACUAAACAAACCCAACGAGGAAAGUGUAGAAAAAAGGGAUAUAAGUAGUGAAAAAACUGAUUGUGAAAGUGAUAAUUCAAAAGAUUGUGACAAAUCUUCCAAAGACAGUAAGGCACAAAAAGAGGAAUCAAACAAACAGACUAAAGAUUCAGACUGUGUAACUUCAGAAGUGAAGGAACAAUCUAAAGAUUCUAGUGUUGAUAGUGACAAAAAGUCUGAUUCCAAGAAGUCUGCUCAAUGUGCUAAAACAGACUCAAGUGGUGUAAGCUCAAAGGCAGAGGACAGUAUAGAAAAAGAUAGUGGUAAGAAGGAAAAGAAGGAUAAGAAAAAGAAAGCUAAGUCUAGGAGAGGUAAAGAUGAUUCUCCCAAAGAGGACAGGGACAAUAAGGAUGGUUCUGUUAGUGUUAAAGAAGAUAAUGGAAGCGAUAGUGUUGAUGAUAGUCCAGAUGUUCAAGAAACAGUUAAGGGAAAGAGAAAAAAAGCUGUUAAACAUAGUAAAAAGUCAGAUAAGCCUUCCAAAGACAAAGAUGUUGAUGGAAGCUGUGAUGAAGAUGAGGAAGAAACUGUCACAUCCAAAGAAAAUGUUUCUAGAGCCAAACGUAGAUCAAAGAAGGAAAAGAAUCGAAAGGGUUCCGAUGAAGAUGAGAAGGAUGAAGAUUCAGAAAAGGAUGAAGACACAAAGGAAGAUAAGAAGGAAGAGUCUAGGAAAAGAUCUGUACCUGAAGUAAAACCACGACCAACACCAACCAGAAGUUCUCGACGAGCCAGGAAGAUGCCAGAUAAAUAUGAGGACCUGGAAAAUUUACCUUCACGGCGCUCAGCUAGAAAAAGGACGGUGCCAAAAGAAUCUGAGACUGCAGAAAAUGGUUCCUUAGAUAGUGAAAAUUCUAAAGAUACACCUGGUAAAACUAAAACAGCUCGGAAGUUGAAGGAUGGUAAUGAUGAUUCCGAUACCGAAGACUAUGAUCAUAAUAAGGAAAAUUCAAUGAAGCGGAAAGGAGGAAGAGGCGUGAAAAGAACAGCUGAUCGUGGCUCAAAGGAACCAACUGGAAAGAAAGCAAAACGAGGUGCAUCCAGAAGUCGUGGUGGCCAAAGGUCAAGGGCAAAGCGAAAAGGAAAUGUGUCUUCAUCAGAGAGUGAUAGUGAAGAUGUGCCCCUCAGUAGGGUGAAAGGAGGUAAAGGUCGAGGAGGAAGAGCAGCAAGAGGGGGAAGUGCACGUGGGCGGGGAAGAGGAGCAGCACCAGAUCCUGUCGUUACAAACGGAGACAAGACUCAAAAAAAGAAACAAGUGUCUGAAACCAGCAGUGAUGAUUCAGACUACUGCCCAGGGAAGAAGAAGGGGAAAGGCAAGGGUCGAGGUCGAGCACGGAAGAGGAAGGCGUCUGAUGCUGAGGAUUCCAGUGAAAAUGGACCCAAGAGGGGAGGGCGGCGCCGGAAAAGGCCACCGUCUUCUGAUUCAUUUAGUGAUGACCUGUCCGAGUCUUCAGAAGACCUGGUGUUUGGGCCAUCAGGCGAGGACGAGUUUCAGCAAGAGGAGCUCAACACUGAUGACGAGGACUUCUUAACUCCCAAGGGCAGGAACUAUCAGAGACAGAUUGCCAGAGCAGAGAAAGACAACUUCCAGCCCGGUGCAGAUGAUACACCAUGUACCAAGUGCAAGAGAUACGACCAUCCCGAAUGGAUUCUGCUCUGUGAUAAAUGUGAUAGUGGGUACCACACCGCCUGUCUCCGACCUCCAAUCAUGAUCAUCCCGGACGGAGACUGGUACUGUCCACCAUGUCAACAUGUAAUGCUGGUGCAGGUUCUACAAGAAAAUCUUCUCAACCUUGAUGUCUCUUUAAAAAAGAGAGAGCGGUUAGUGAGAAGAAAAGAACGUCUAGCCUUUGUCGGUAUCAGUUUGGAUAACAUUCUAAAAGAGGACAAGAAGAGCAACAUUCAACUGCACAAGGAGAGGGAGGAAAGGAUGAUGGCGAUAAUGACGAAGCGGCUGAUGGAGGAGGAGAGAGACGUUCCUGAUGAAGUGUACUCCAAGAGGUCAUGCCGAUCUCGCCAGUCCAUGAGCUACAGGUUCACCGAGUAUGACAAUCUCAUCAACAGCGCCAUCGGGGAUGACAUUAAGGAGGAAUCAUAUGAAGAGGACAGCUACUCAGAUGGGAGUGGUGGAGGGGGAGGCGGAGGAGGCAAGGACAUGUCCAACAUCACAGGUCGUCCUCCACCUGUUGUCAACCGAGAAAGGAAAAGCCAGAAGGCCCGCCGACGACGACGUCUCACGCAGCUGGACAGCGAUGAAGAAGGGGAUGAGAGUGAUGAAUACCAGGCUUCCAAAGACUCUGCCUCAGAAAUGAGUUAUGAGGAACCAGUGAGUGAGGUGGAUUCGGAGGCAUCAGACUGGCGGCCGCGGACAGGCCGACCUGGUGUCCGACCAACACGGGUACGAACCUCCCGCGGAAUCAGGAGGAAGUGGUCUCGCUUUGAUGAUGAUUUUGUGGUAGACGAUGACUAUGAUAGUGAUGACAGUGCCAGUAACCGGAGGUCUACACGAGCGUCAUCAAAACGAAGGGUCAACUAUCAGGAAUUUAAUUCCGAUGAAUCGGAAGCAGUGGAAUCUCCAAUCUCAGAAUCUGAUGACGAUGUAUCUGAAAGGGAUUUGUGUUCGGACGAUUCUGACAGAAAGACCAGAAAACCUGUACGUCGUGUGAUCCGGUCAGAUGAUAGCGACGAAGAAGAUGGAGAAAAGAAAGACAAACCACCAACUGUUGAGAAGAAAAAAAUUAAGAAGAUACGGCCUAAAAUCAAGGACCGAAGUUCUGAUUCAGAGAAAGAGAGUUCGGAGAGUGGAAAGAGUCAGACCGAGGAAGAAGAUGAAGAAACCGAGAAUGAAAAGAGUGAUGAAGACUCAUCCGAGGAUGAGAAAAAGAGGUCACAGAGACGACCACAAAGAAAGGCAGCGAAUGUUGAUUUCAAGAGUUUCCUUGCCUCCGAGUCUGAAAGUGACGCAGAGAAAGAUAAAACAGUAGUUGUGAAUGCUAAACGAAAGGUUCGUGGAGGGAAGAAUAUGGAGAAUAUUCUGAAAGCAGGUAGAGAGGAUAGUUGUGAUUUCUCCUCUUACUCUAAACCAGAUGGUGAAUCAGAUGACAGAACUGAUGACGGUGAAAGGACUAAUGAUGGUGAAAGUAGUGAUAAAAAGUCAGACCAGGAAAAGAUUGAAACUGUGUCGGAAGCUUCCAAAGAUUCUCAAAGUGCACCAGAAGUGAAUGGACAUGAUCACCCUGCUGGGGACAAUAAACCAAAUAAAGAUGUACCCCCGCCGGGAUUCUCAAAUGAAGGUGAAAAGUUUCGGCCCCAUGGUAGUGAACCGUUUCCUCACCAGGGUCCUCGAGACUUUCAGUAUCCGUAUGGUGCUCAUCAGAAACAGUUUAUGCAUCCUCAGUAUGGUCCAAUGCCUCAAGGUCUUCCUCCUCACUCACAAAUGAGCUCCCCACCUCAUGGGUCCCCUCAUCACCCCCAAGGGACGCCACCCCACCCCCAGGGCACCCCUCCACACGGAACGUCCCCUCAUCAUCCUUCAAGUGCAUCACCCCACCAUCCACCCUCUGCAUCUCCACACCAUCCCCCUAUUGCCUCUCCUCAUCAACCUCAUGGCACUCCACCUCAUCCUCAUGGAAUGCCGCAGCACAAGAUGGGUCCUCCGCCUGUUCCACAAGGCCAGCCAUACCCCCAGGGACCACCCCCACCUCUCCACAUGGGACCCCCUGUUCCUGGCAUGCCGUUUCGGCCACCUCACCCAGGGUACCAACAAGGCCCACCCCAUCAUGGUGGACCACCACCCCACCCUCACCCGGCAGGAGGACCACCUUCCCACUCUCAUCCAGCCGGAGGACCACCUCCCCACCCUCGUCCUGCGGGAGGACCACCUCCCCACUCUCACCCAGCAGGAGGACCACCUCCCCACCCUCAUCCCACAGGGGGGCCACAGUCCCACCCUCAUCCUGCAGGAGGACCAUCACCCCACCCUCUUCCUGGGGGAGGAGCACCACCACAUCCACACCAGUCAGGGGGACCAAUUCCAUCCCAUCCAGGGCCGCCUCACCCCAGAGGUAUGCACCCUCAUCAAGGACCCCCCCCUCCAAUCUCACAUGGCCCUCAAAAACAUCACGGCCCACCCCACCCCCGUGGUCCACCCCCAAGAGGUAUUCCUACUUAUGGCCCUUACCCCCAUUAUGGGCCCCCUCCCGGGUCCUUCCCACCAAACCAACCCCCUCCAGUGCGUCAACACCUUCCACCAACCUCCCAGAGUAACCCUGGUCCCCAAGUAGCCCAUCAGCCACCUUCAACAGCUGCAUCUAGUGGUAGCAGUGGUUUCAUGAUGGACAACCUGCUGCGUGACAAUCGCCAGUACCCUGAAGAAAGACAGUACCCAGAGGAACAGCCUGCUCGCUUUCCUGAGGGACGGCGAUACGAAGAGGAACGCCAUUUCUCUGAAGAGGAAGAACAACAGCAGGGAGGCGAGGAAGAUGAUCUUGAAGAUGUGUCCGAUAUUGUGCACUAUGUCAUGAAUGACGAAUACUUCAAACAACAUACAUAGCCAUAUAAGAAAGGACAAGCAUGAUUCUAGUGACUGAAGGUACAUAUGGGGAAUGUUGUAGCAAACAAGUACAAUUUUGUGAACCGGGUUUGCAGCCAUUGAUAUCCACUCGUGACUGAAAGCCACUGUACUUAAAGACUGUUGAGAACUUUGUUAGCUCGAGAUGAAAGUAUGCUGACGUUUCGUCUGUCAAAUAUAUCUGGUCAUUUUUUCAGUUAGUCAUUUAACAGGGUAUUGGUGAACUUAGAAAACAUUGUCAGUGGUAAAAAAUGCAUUGCUUUGUGACAUAUGCUUUUGAUCAAUUAAGUUACCAAAACCUAGAUGUAAAAUAAUGCAACUGUCUUUCUGUUUUAUCCAAAGCAAUUAGUAGAUCUCAUUUUAAGCACGGCAAUAUACCUCAACUUCAACACAGUAAUGCACAUAAGCGUGUACAUUUGUUGAAUGCUGUAUUCCUUCCUGCCCUUACUUUCAGUCAGGAAACAAGGGGUUCCAUCCUAUAUUCGCCUGAACCGCUAAAGCCUACUUGUUCAUGUGUCUGUACCCGGGCCCAUUAUUAAAUAUACUUCACAGAUAUUUAUUUUACAUCUGUAACCAUGCUGACUUGUCAAGAAAAGACUUUUAUACUUAUUUUUUAGAAUUUAAAAUAUUUAUUUUACAGAUUCAUGACUGUUUAAUGGACAAGCCUAAUUGUAUCUUGUUUACUGAGUCCAAUCUGUUUGUCGAUGUUUUAAGUGGGAAAUAUACAUCAAUACUGGUCUCCAUGCUUCAGUUUGGUUCUGCAGCCGGUGGCCAUGUUGAACCACAGUUCCUUGCUUCCAGUGCACUUUGUUGAUGCAACUAAUUUCUGUGUUUUAGCCGUUUUUAUUAACAAACUUAUUAUGUUAUAACUUAAAAUUGUUCCAAAACCUCAAUUCUACGAUGGUUUUAAGCACAAACAGUGGUCUGGUACAAACUGUUCCUGCUCUUUCUUCCAAACUGUUACAGUUUGUUUUUGUUGUGAAUAAUUCCACCAUGCUAAAAUAUUUUUGAAUCUACUUGCCUGAAGACAUGUUCUGUGGAAUUACUUUGGUUUCCCAAUUUAGUGGUGACCACAACUAGACAUAUUUCUGUGUUAACCAGUGAUUAGGGACCACAGGGCCAAAAAGACGUUGCAAGCUUUGGCACCUUGCAAUUCGUUUCUAUGGAAAUGCUUUUUUACUUCAGUCAAAUUUUCAUGCACUUUUGAAUUUGACAGUGGGAGCAAUCAUGAUUUGUGUCCAUGGACAGUCCUAGUCAUAGUAAUCUCUCAGUUCUAGCUGACUGGGUGCCCCAGCCAAUCUCGUCCAAAUGACGUUGUCUGACAUACAUGUCCUUGCCAAAGUAUACUAGAUUUGUUUCUGUAGGAGAGCUUUGCAUUUAAGAUACCCAUCACCUCGACAGGUUUCAUCUUGCCAAGCCCUACAACAUGGGCAUCUGUUGUACCUGAUGGCCAGUUGGACAAACAUUUUGUACUUUGUAAAAAGUGAACAUGGGAAUUAACCGUGAAAAUAGGCAUGAUCAACUUUUUGUGCACUGAGUGAAAACGCAAGUAUUACAGUAUUGGUCACCUGUGACCUCGGGGGACAAGCAAACAGUUGUCAUAUUGCUACUAGGAAAGACGACUAUGUUGUCGUAAGAGGCGACUAACGGGAUAGGGUGGUCAGGAUUGGUGACUUGGUUAAUGCAUGUCAUCGUAUCCCAAUUGCGUGGAUCGAUGCUCAUGAUAUCAAUCACUGGAAUGUCUGGUCCAGACCCAAUUAUUUACAGACCGCUGUCAUAUAGUUGGAAUAUAAUGCUGAGUGGGGCAUUAAACAACAAACAAACUAGGAAAAAAGGAAACAUUUCCAGCUCCAGAAAGAUCCGGGGUAGAACAGGUCUUCAGCAUCCCAUGCUUGUCGUAAAAGGCGACUAACAGGACCGGGUGGUCAGACUCGCUGACUUUGUUGAUGCAUGUCAUCAAUCCCAAUUGCAUGGAUCGAUGCUCAUGAUAUUAAUCAGUGGAUUGUCUGGUCCAGACUUGAUUAUUUACAGGCCGGCAUCAUAUGGCUGGAAUAUUGCUGAGUGCAGCGUUAAACAACAAACAAACCAUCCAGAAAUGAAACUGUGAGAGUGGAGGUUAUAUCUUGAAUGCAUGAUCCUUAAAUGUAUUGUAAUAACUUGAAGGAGAAUCCAUGUUACACUAGUCACACUGAGUCCUGGCACCACAUGUUCAGUGUGAGAGUAACCGUUGCUAUGUCAGCAUGCUACUAUUAUCAGUAAUUCUUAUGUUCACACGCCGCAGGCUUGCUAAAGAUGUGAGAGAAGCAACGAUUCACCAGAGUGUAUUCUUGCUCAUGUCAAUUGUUGUGUCUUCCAUUGUUGCAUUAGAGGUGGCAGUACAUGAUUACAUGGCUCCAGAUUGCUGGGUAUGCUUGUCGUAAAAGGCGACUAACGGGAUCGGGUGGUCAGGCUCGCUGACUUGGUUGAUGCAUGUCAUCAAUCCCAAUUGGGUGGAUCGAUGCUCAUGAUAUCAAUCACUGGAUUGUCUGGUCCAGAUUAUUUACAGACCGCCGUCAUAUAGCUGGAAUAUUGCUGAGUGCGGCGUAAAACAACAAACCAAACAACCAACCAGAUUGCUGGGGUCAUUUACUAGGAACAAACUCGAUGUCCCUCUCUUUCAGAGCCAUAUGGAUCCCCAGUCUCUAGAAGUCUGUAAUCAGAGUUUCACAGGUAUGGGGACCAUUGUAUUGAUCCUCAUCCAAAUGUUUUGUUUGUCAACUGACCCAUGCAUAUUCCAAUCAUUCUUAAGCUCUGUGGUUGAUUUGUGAUUGCAAUGACAGGGCUGAUGUGGCAAUGAUCAAACUUCAACAGUUAUGAAUCUUAUUGAAAUGUUCCUGAUGACAAUCUACUAUUUAAGCACAGCAAGAUUCCAAAGGGCAUUUUCAUUUUGGCUUCCAUGUAUCAUAUUCAUGUUGAUUAUACAUUGGAAUAUUUCUUUAACUUGUACAAACCGGCAUAAUAUUACUGGUAAAUUUUUGACAGUAAGAUAGAAACAGUGAAAUGUUGGGUAUUUGAUUGGGAACCUUCACUAAUGACUGAUCUGUCUAUUUGUCCAAAAUGAGGCCAGUUGCAAUAAAUAUCAACUCUGUCCCACAAAACAGUCCUGACUUCUAACAUAACAUGGACUUACGUUAGUCCAAGAUGGUUUUGUGUAGUGGUGACAUUGGGUAGAAUAUAGACAGACUGAAGACUGCUGACUUCUCGAGGUCUGGAAUGGAUGUUCUUCAGCUUCGUCCCUAUAAUUACAUCAUCCACUGCUGACUGUUGAUCUGGUGCACAAGGCAGGCUGUUAGGCCACAGUGCAUCAUGUAUGUAUUUGACAUUUCACAAGAAUGCUUAAAGUCUGUGUUAUUAUUCCUGUAAAUAGAACUGGAACAUGAAACUGUUUCCUGAAACAUUUAUUCAACAAACAGUUUGAAGUUGAGGCCUAUAAUUUCUUUAUUGAUGUGCGAGAGCCGAAAUUGCAUUUCAAGCAAGUUAGAAUCUGCCCAUUGAAUCAACACUUUACUUGUGUGCUCGCUUGUUUAAUGAUUUUGUUCAUGUUCGCAAUAACUGGUUACUGGUGUUACUAUGACUAAAUGGCUCAAGCUGGGCAUUAUUCACAUCCUAGAACAACUUCUCCAUAUCAGUAUGACAGUAGCGGUAUGUUUGUAACUUUCUGACAAUGUUUCUAUUGCUCAUAAUAACCUGUUAAGUAAAUCAGAUGUUCCUAGUGUGAUGGAUGAGCUUGUUUGCCACCAAUUCCUGUUUUAUACCUUGGGGAACCAAGUGGGGGCUCAAUAGUUCCCCAGCGCUCUAUAGCUUGUCGUAAUUGCAUCAUGGCUUGGUGACUCAGUGUAUUGCAUGUCAUCAUACCCAGUGUUGCUCACAAUGUCGAUCACUGGUUUGUGUGUCCAAAACUUGAAUAUUUACCGGAAACUGAAUUCAAAAUUGGGCAAGUUUGGUAAUGAAAAAUCUUUCACCAUGCAGAGUUGUGUCCCUUAGUCUUGCCAGGAUCCGCUGUUUGUGACAUUGAAUCACAUUGAUUAUGAUGCUUAGUAUGUCGGCAUACCUGUAUCUCAAUGGCCUCACCAAAGUCGUAAAUGUCCACCAUUGUUAUGAGAACAUCUUACAGAUGUGUCUGUUAAAUGAAAAUAUCAUCGUCUUUUACACACUCUGACUGUAGGUCACAGCUCUACGAAUUUGUAUACAUAUUAACUUGAUUGCAGCAGAACUAACUUCAGAUGGUUUAGGACAGGAAAUUAGUUCAAUAUGGCCUGCUGUGCUUUCAUUUCCAUGUAAAGGUAUCAUCUGUCGCCCACCAUGUACAGUGACUGGGUCACAAUUAUAUUUGUAAUUCUGUUUUACAUUUUUAAGUGUGUUGUGUUCUGUUUGUAAGAUAGUAAAGUUUAUCAAUAAGAUUUUGUAGAAAGGGUUUUAAGCAAUUUUACUGUGUGUGUUUUUUGUUGUUGACAAGAGUACAUUUAUAGAGACAAGAACUGAAGUUUAGUUUGAAAUGUAUUAGCAUGUUUAGAAGCAGGAAAUGUUUUUGUCAUUGCAUAGUACGUUAUGGUCCAUUUUAUCGGAGGUCUCAAGUCUGUGACUUUCAUAGACAAUAUUUUGUGGAAUAUUUGGCAAAGUGGACUGAUGGUUGUAAUAUAUCUGCAAGCAGCGCUAUGAUUUUUAUGUGAAAGUUAACUUCUGAAAGGGCCUCUUCAAAACAUUAAUCCAUCUUAGCUGUCCAUGUAAUUACAAUACAUUUGUUGAUACAGCUGUACACAAUUGCCUCCCUUGUUAAGCAGUCAUCACAGGUGACACAAUGGUGUAAAGGGCUGAAGUUGUCCGUGCCAGAAGUCACAUUAUCACACCCAACAUUAUGAUCACCAGCACACUACCUGUGUUUGUAAGGUUUCGAACGUGCUCAGUGUCUACGACCAGAAUCACCGUCUUUCCUGUCACAUUAUAGUACAGUGAUUUAUGCUGGUUGUAGUCCAGUGUGCAACAUGUAACAUCUAUUGUUCAUAUUGAUAAUAUUUCAGUGAAAGCCCAUGUCUAAGUAUGAGCAAGAAUUACAUGUCCACAGCAUUGUGUACAGCUUCAUUAUUUCCAUUAGGUAGAAACUGUCAGGUUAACGUUUAUCAUUGAAUGUAACCGAUUCCCUUUUCUUAUGCUGCAAUAUUUUCCCUGCCCCACAAUUUGUAUGUGAUUUUUGGAUGAUGUUGAUGACAAACCAGUCAACUUGUAUAUCAUUUGAAUCAAAUGAUAAACUGUUACGACUUACUGUUUAAUUACGAGCCCAGUAUCUGGAAUUGGUCCUGACUUCUUCCACCAUGUCUGUUGAAAGACCAGUUUAAUGUUUUGUGUGUAAAACAAACCCAUUGAAGUAAAUUUCUACAAAAUACAUUCAUCAAAUACCUCAUGUGUCUCUAGAAUAUGAAAAGCCAGUGGUAUAGCUACAAUUGUAUUAAACAUUUGAAUUCCAGUUUUCAGUUUUAAAUACCACUGUACACUGAAACUAUUAUCUCUUCAUUGUUACAUGAUGUCGUGGAUACCAAGUAGAUAUUUGAUAUUCCGUUGAAUGUGUUAUGCUUUAGCAUAGUUGUGAAGUGCAAACAUUGUUUUCUUUAGCUACACAAUGCCUAAUUUAUUUUGUAUUUACUUGUAAUAACUUGCUUCAUACACACAUAUGUAAGUACUACAUAUAUCAUAUCACGUCGACUGCAAGGCAGCAAUUAGCAGGGCUCAGCCAAUUUUAUUUGCCCACACAUGUAUAAAACCAGGCCUUUAAAUAACGCCAUUUCAUUUGACGCCUAGCUGGAUAAAUAUGCGCUUUGAUAUUUAUUCCUGUUCUGUGAGAUGAAUGAUAUGUAAAUAGAACUGAUAUCUAGUGUACAUAUUUGAGGUUCGGAGCCGCCAUGAUCAUCAUUGUGUCACGUGUUCACUAUCAUUGGUAUCAUUUAUACUUAAUGUCAUCAAAAGUAGAAAACAUACAAUAUAAUAAAAUAGAUUGAAAAUA